GUUUUUCUUCAUCCUUUUUUCUUUUUUUUGUCUUUGGAAUUUGGUAUCAUGACUAAAAGAAUACAAGACCCUAUUCAUGGGUUAAUGGAAUUCGAUGACUGGGUAGUUAAAUUUAUCGAUACUGAACAUUUUCAAAGAUUACGUAGUAUCAAACAACUAGGAACUUCUUAUUAUGUGUAUCCUGGUGCCAGCCACAAUAGAUUUGAACAUUCUUUAGGUGUUGCUCAUCUCGCCCAUUCGUUGGUGAAAAGAAUCCGUGAGUCACAACCUAAUUUAGGAUGUAGCGAGAAAGAUUUAAAAUGUGUGACAUUGGCUGCAUUAUGUCAUGAUCUGGGACAUGGUCCAUUUAGUCAUCUCUUUGAAGAAUUUAUUAGAAAAACAAGGACCGAUCGUAUUAAGUGGAAACAUGAAGAGGCUUCUAUAAUGAUGUUUAAUGAUAUUUUAAAAAAAUAUAAAGGAAUAGCUGGUGAUUUGAGUGAAGAUGAUAAACAGUUAAUUAGAGACUUAAUCACUGGGAAUAACACUGGGGAUAGACCUCCAUAUCUAUUCGACAUAGUAUCUAAUCAACGUAAUUCAAUCGAUGUCGACAAAUUUGAUUAUUUGGCACGUGAUUGUUACUAUCUUGGGAUGAAAUCAGAAUUUGAUUUUUCAAGACUUAUGAAUUACUCUCGUGUUUCUAAUAAUCAAAUCGUAUAUGAUUUUAAGGAAAGCUAUAAUAUUUACGAACUCUUUCACACACGGUAUUCUUUACACAAAAAAGCUUAUAAACACUUUGUUGGCAAAGCAAUAGAUUAUAUGAUAAUUGAUGCUUUAGAAGCGGCGGAUGAAGUUCUUAAAAUAUCUCAUAGUAUUAAUAAUGCAAAAGAUUAUUUAAAAAUGGAUGAUACAAUCUUAAAUAGAAUUGUAUGUGAUAAUAAUCCGAAUUUGAAAAAGUCAAAAAAGAUCAUCAAACGUAUUCGAAAAAGAAAACUCUAUAAAUUCGUUGAUGGGUACUUAGUUCCUAAAGAAUUGAAAGAACAAUUCAAGAGGAAUAAAGUAACCGAAAAAAAAAUCGUAAAGCAUCGGUCAAACGGAGCUGAACUAGAAAAAGAUGACGUAAUUGUAGAUAUAUUUAAUUUGAAUUAUGGAAAUAAGGAUGAGAAUCCGAUCGAUAAUGUUGAAUUUUAUGAUAAAAAUCAACCGAAUGAUGUUUUUAAAUUGGAAGAAUCGCAAGUGAGCUAUCUUACUCCAAAACAAUAUGAAGAACUUUAUAUUCGAAUUUUUACUAGGAAUCGUAGAAAAAUCAAACAAAUUAGGAAAUGUUUUAAAAAAUUAUUAAAAAAAGAUUACAAAAUUCCAAAUCCGAUGACUUAUUAUUCGAGGUAAAGGUCAAAUGAUUAAUAAUCUGUUAGGGUACCUAUUGUGAGAUUUUCUAAAAAAAAAAAAAAAAAAAAUGAUUCAUAGCAUAGGAAUCAUAAUAAUAAUUAUUACUAAAUAUUAGUAAUUGAAUUACUGUAUAUUAAGAAGUGCGUUUUCUUUACUUUCAUCAAGAUACGAUAUAAAUUUUACCUGAAAAUUAGCUAAUUGAUUGUGUUUUUAAAAGUAAUUCAUGAUUUAUUUAGUGAUAUUUGAUAUCAUGUACUCAACAGAAAUUGUUAUUUAUUUUAUUCUUUUUAGAUUUAUUUAAACACU